CUAGCGGCUCGGCCGGCUCCAGCCGUUGAGCAGCUCCCCUCCCCACCCCGCUGCGCUCACGGUGAGCUCACGUCCGGGACGAUGGUGUGCAUUCCGUGUAUCGUCAUUCCCGUUCUGCUGUGGGUCUACAAAAAAUUCCUGGAGCCAUACAUAUACCCUCUGAUUUCUCCUUUUGUGAGUCGUAUGUGGCCUAGAAAAGCUGUACAAGAAUCCAGUGAUAAAAAUAAAGGCAACAUGAACUGUAAGGUUGCAGACAUGAAUGGAUUACCAACAGAAGGAGCAACAGAAAUCUCUGACAAAAAGAAAGACUGAAAUGAUUUUCCCAAAGGAUUUUCCUGUUUUAAGAAUGGACCUGAUAACAUAAAGCAUCCUCUGUGUAAUUGUCUCUGAUCUUUUUCUCUGAGACAAGAAUUCAGGAUAGUUUUAGAUAUUUGCCUGACACUAAUUGGGAAAUACAUGGUAUCUGUAUUUAAAAUGUAGUUGUAUUUAAUGACCUCAUUCCUGAGUUUGUUUUUCAUUAAUGUAGCUUUCAUUUCUAUUAUUGCUGUUUUAAUAAUAUGAUUAAAUAGAGUUUGUGCCAGUAGA